GUUGACGUCAUUAGUGUACGUCGCAUGGAAACGCGCACGCUGUUUCGGUGACGAGCACACUGAUGUCAACGCGCCUGUGGCAAGAUGGCUGCCGAGGAUCUUCCGUCCGAGUUCGACGUCGUCAUUGUGGGCACAGGUCUGACGGAGUCGGUGGUGGCGGCAGCUUGUUCUCGAGCGGGACAAAAAGUUCUUCACCUGGACACGAGGAGUUACUACGCAUCCAAGUGGGCCAGCUUCACUUUUAACGCUUUGCUGACGUGGAUCAAGGAACAUCAGGAGCAGUCGGACAGCAAUGAGGUCCACGAUUGGUCCGGUCUGUUGCGGGAAGGGGAGGAGCCAAUCUGUCUGUUAAAUGCAGACUCCGCCUCCAUCAGGAAUUUGCAGGUGUUCUGUUCUACCAGUGAGGAGGAGGAGGAGGAUGAAGAAGAAGAGGAGGAGGUUCACUGCUGCGUAGAAGAAGAAGAAUCAUGUGCAGAGUCCAAGGAGCAAACAGCUGACGAGCGGCAAAGUGAAAAGAAAGAAGAAUCAUGUGCAGAGUCAACGGAGCAAACAGCUCACGAGCAGCAAAUGGAAAAAGAAGAGGAAUCAUGUGCAGAGUCAACGGAGCAAUUAGUUGACAUGCAGCAUAACAAAGAGGAGGAGGAGGAGGAGGGCGCACACGCAGAAAAGGAGGAGCCGGCUCCGCCACGCCGCCAGGAGACGGCCAACCAAUCAGAGCCCAGCAGGAAGAAGCUAACCUAUGCUCACCUGCUCAAAGAAGGACGCAGGUUCAACAUAGAUCUCAUCUCCAAGUUGAUGUACGCUCGCGGUUCAUUGGUGGAGCUGCUCAUCAAAUCCAACGUCAGUCGCUAUGCCGAGUUCAAAAAUGUCACCAGGAUCCUCACCUAUCGCCACGGCAACGUGGAGCAGGUGCCGUGCAGCCGGGCCGACGUGUUCGCCAGCCGCCAGCUGACGAUGGUGGAAAAGAGGAAGUUGAUGCGUUUCUUGGCUUCCUGUCUGGAGGAGAGGGAGGACGAGCUCGAGGUUUACAGCGGGCGACCGUAUUUGGAGUUCCUGCGUGACCAGCAGCUGGGCGACAACCUGGAGCACUUCCUGCUGUACUCCAUCGCCAUGGCGACGGAGCACACGCACACCCCUGCCGGCCUGGCCUCCACGCGUCACUUCCUGCGUUGCCUGGGUCGCUACGGCAACACGCCCUUCCUGUUCCCCGUGUACGGCCUGGGCGAGAUCCCGCAGUGCUUCUGCCGGAUGUGCGCCGUCUUUGGGGGCGUGUACUGCCUGAGGCAUCCAAUCAGCUGCCUUCUGCUAGACAAGAGCGCCAACAGAUGCACCACGCUGAUUGACGGCCACGGGCAGCGAAUCACAUGCAGCCAUUUUGUGCUGGAAGACAACUACCUGCCCGUACACCUGAAGAACCAGGCCACCCCCACCAGGUCUAUCUCCAGAGGCGUUCUCAUCACGGACCGCUCUAUCCUGCCCGGCGACAAGGAUCAGGUCUCCUUGGUAACCAUCCCUCCGGCGGAGGCGGGACUUCCCGCUGUGAGGAUGGUAGAGCUGUCGCCGUCCACCAUGACGUGCGCCCCGGGAACAUAUUUGGUCCACCUCACCUGUCAAUCACUACUGGGCUCCGCCUACGACGACCUGUCACCCGUGGUGACCAGGAUGUUUAACGCCACGCAGCCACAUGACCAAGGUCGGCGUCCCGGCGUCCUGUGGAGUUUCUACUUCAACAUGGACGUCGCCGCCGCCACCACAGAAGCGGACGGCGACCGCUUGCCAUCGAACGUGUACGUGUGCUCGGGGCCGGACAGCGAGCUGGGUCACGAGCACGCCAUCAAACAGGCCGAGUCCAUCUUCCACAAGAUCGUGCCCGACCAGGACUUCUGCCCUCCCGCGCCCAACCCCGAAGACAUCCUGUACGACGCCGAGGACACCCCUUACGACGCGGGCGAGCGGGACGAAGAUGAGGAGGCUACCCAAGGGUGACUCCAAAAAGAACGUGUACAGUAUUUACUUGAAGCCCACAGUGCAUCAUGGGAAGAAAAAAAGCCUUCAUUUUCUAUUUAUGUGAGCUCAAAGGAAUAAAAGCUUCUGCUAAACAAA